AUGUAUGAGCUGAGCAGCAAAGGAGCUGCAGAUUUCCUGGACUCAACAGACACAGUGAACAACUUUGCACUGCAGUUCAAAGAGGAGGCCAGAGGUACUGUAAGGCUCCCCUACCAAUCCCUGGUGAAUCAGGGAAUGACAAUUAAAGUUGCUGGACUUCCCAACAGCCUUACUUUCAAAAAGCCAUCCUAUUAUGGAAGGAAUCAGUUGGAGGCCAUUUUGCAAGCUGCUGAGGAGAUUUCAUUUGAAAUCAGUAAGUGAGAUUAACAGUGGUUGUGUUUCUCCACUUGUGUUUCG